AACAGUAUCGUGUACAGUACAUUGACCAAAGGCUCUAAAGCUUCAAAAAAUCUACAUAAAGUACCACAAAACUGACGCAUCAUGAUACUGCCAGUUUACGAGACACACAAGAAUUGUGUUUUAUUAACAUCCAACCUGGUACUAUACUGGUACUAUACUAUAAUGUAUAAGUAUCUUAACCCCUGACCUACUGUUGCCUCUUAUCUUUGGGGCUUUACUGUCAUUUAUUUAUUUUUGAGUGUUUACUGUUUACAUUCUUUUUCAUUGUUCUCUUCUUUUAUUCCAUUCUGUUACUGUAUAUACUGUAAAUGGCUCGAAUGAUAGUAAACUAAACUUGGGAUGUCUGUUCCUCACACAAAGCUACGUGCAACUUAAUAGAAAACUUCAGAAAACUUGGAAUAUAGCAUAAGACUAAUGUACUGAUUUGACAGUGCGUUUAAGGUGCUUUUUGUCCUCACUGGAGCUGGACAGCCUCUGUUCACACUGUGAUUUCAUUGUAUAGAAAAGAGCGGCAUUAACAUUCUUGCAAACAUAGUCACACAUGCAUUGAAUAACAUGAGAAUGAUUAAAUGAAGACAGAAUUUUCAUUUUUGGGUAAAUAUUGCUUUCACAAGCUAUGUGUAACAUAUGGGAAUUCUAUCUAUCACUAAGCACCUAUAUUUUAAAGACAGACUUUGAGCUCCAUCAUAAUGAGCUCCAUCAAAACAGGCAUCGUGCAGAAGAGCUGGAUAAAGAUGGAGUUCACUGUGCUCAGGAUAACAGAAAGAAUUUAGAAAGAAUUAAAUCAUUGCAUGACAAUCAGUCUUCGGAUACUGAUGUCAGAAAAAGUGAAGAUGGUCAUUUUAUGCCAUGUGUCUUGGAGCAGUGGCAUCAGGCCCAGCCGGACAUUCCACCAAAGAUAAAGGUGCCGCCCCAUGAAGACAGCAUCGUAUACAGAUUAGUGGAUGCUGCAGUGGAGAUUCUGUGUGGCCAAGCAGACGAAGACAAUCUUGACCUUUAUGAAACACCAAGCUAUUUAAUAGAUGAUGACAGUCGCAAGCAUAAUCGGCAGGUGAUCUUUCAGUUAACAUCUGAUGUCCUUCAUGAGAUUUGGGGUGAUCUGUUAAGGACAAAACAAUCUUCCCAGAAUAUAGAUGAUCAAUCUGCGAUCACAGCCCUGCAUUCCAGUCAAAUUUCAGUCACAUUUUUAAAGGCUGCCGUGAGAAAAGAGAUACAGAAAAUUCUGAAUUUAGAGCGAAGUGAGCAACAGAUGACAGAGAUGCUCCAAAAACUGUGCAAAUACUGGUAUGCCAAGAGAGACAAAGUGGACUUUAUUCUGAUUCAGGAACUUCAUAAUGAGGAGAGAACUUGGCUAGAUUACAGAGCUGAGCAGUACACUGUGAAGAUGCAUCUGACUGAGGAGAUUUUCAGCCUUCUCUUGGAUGACACAAUAUUAGCACUAAAUCAUAUGCACUUUUCAACCUAAAAUACAAGUUUCAGAAUCUUGACAUUUUCAUACAUCUUUGAUAUGUUGUUAUUUUUUAGAAUUUUUUUUUUUUUUUUGGCUAGGCUCAAAAAUCCUGUCAAGAAAAUGUUUGUUAUAUUUCACAUAUUUCAUAAAUUAUAUUUUGUUAAAUAAUAUAAAUGUAUAAACCCAUAAACCUGUUUUAGGACCAUGAAGUUUUCUUGCAUAAUGAAAUUAUUUUCAUGACAAUUAAGCAGAUUUUCACCUAAUUUCCACUUUUACAAUUAGUGUAGGCUAAUUAAAAAUAAACAAACAAACAAAAAAAAAUCUCUAUAUAUAUACUCAGUACUGAAAUUCUAGAGAAAUUAUAUAUUAUUUAAAUGAUAAAGUAUUUAUAUGUUAGUAUUGGUUGUACUGCUUUUAAUAUCUUCUGAUUUAAAUAGAAAGUAAUUUAAUUUGUUUGUAAUGAAUUAAAUAUAAUACUGUAUUACAAUAAUGAUAACCUGCAAAUCAUCAUGUAGAAUAAUGGGAAUUAGAAAAAAAAAAAAAAAAAAGUAAA